CUCCUCUCUCUCUCUCUCUCUCUGCUAAAUACAAGUCAAUUCCUUGGUGUUAUUGAUUCCCUUAUUAUUGCCUAGCUUUCCAUUCUGAGAUAUCUUAUUCCUUUUGAGCAAAUCACAUCGAUAGGCUUGAAAUUUGGGUUUUGUGCAUUCAUUUCAUUGGAAUUUAUAUUUAUUUUCUGAAGGGGCUCAAAGAUAGUAUGUUUCUUUGUAUAUGUCUAUAUACUCCUUGCCGGCCUUAUAUUUGCUCAAAUUUGGUACUGGGGUUUUGAAGGGUUUUUGAUGGAAAUCAGAUUUUUCUAGUUUCAUACUCCAUAGGUGGUACUUUGAAUAUUUCAGAAAAUUCACGGUAGUUUUUUAAGGUUUUGGUAUUUAAAAGAUAUUGUUUUUAGGGGUUUUUAAAGGGUUCUAGUGUCUUCUUACUCUAAAUCAACUGUUACAAUCUUUGGCCUUUUCUCUUUUUUGCUUUUAUUUUUUUAUGAACCAGCUUUUUGUUUAAAUAAAAGAAGCAAUCUUCAGGGUUUAAAGGGGGUUUUGUACUUUUUCUUUGGAGGUACUUUUACCUGUUCAACUCCAGUUCUGCAACCUCUGUUGAGCUGUGCUGGAUCUCUAGUUUUGUUGCGAGUCUCUUGCUCAAUCUCAUACAAUUGAAAUUGUGUUUGGGAAUUUUCUGCCAAAUUCACCUAAUUAUGCCACUUUCAGAUUGUAUGUGAAAUGGGUAUUUUCUUGAAUUUCAUGUUUCCCCAGAGUAAUGGCCUGUUAGAUCUUGGAUUCUACUUAUCUGCCACUAUUUUCAUGUUCUAAAACUUGAAUUCAAUCUGUUUUCUUUGCCUUCUAUUUCCUUGAAUUCCUCCCUUCCAGAUAUUGUUAGCUUCUUUCUUGACUUCAAUUUCUCAAUCCUGUGAAGAUUAUAUAGGCUUGUUUGUUAGCUGAAUCUCUAGUGUGGUUUUGCUUUGUAUACAUUUAGAAAUGUCUUCGUGUUUAAGCGGAGGAGGAAGGGCAUAUGGAUUGGAAAUUGAGAUUGUUAAAUCCCCAACAACUUCUUGGAAUUCACAUUCAUCUUCUCCAUCUUCAACUCUGUCUGAAACAAGCAAUUCCCCUCUAGCAAUCUCAAGUCGGAAACCCCGAACCCCCCGAAAAAGGCCAAACCAGAACUACAAUGAGGCAGCAGCUCUUCUCUCCACUGCCUAUCCUAAGAUCUUUUCCACCAAACACCUCACAAAGCCUGGGAAAUUCACCAAACCACAAUACACUUUUUCCUACGAGUCAUCUGAAUUGCUUCUACCUUUUCAAGUUGUUGACAACUCUGGUUUUUCACUUCAUCAAUCAAUUCUAGAAAAACCCAAUUUCCGGAUUGAGCCAAAAGUGGUGAAUUCUUGUGAAAAGCCAUGUCAAAGUCCGGGGGAAAUUGAAUUCCAGGGGAAUUCCUUGGAUUUGUGUGAUGAUUACCAAGAAGAUUUCGAUGCAGAAUCAAUACUUGAUGAGGAAAUUGAAGAGGGUAUGGACAGUAUUAUGGGGAAUCUUAGUGUGGACAAUGACUUGGUCAAUGAGUCCAAUGCUGCUUCUUAUGGUGGCCAAAUUAAUACUUGCUAUGGUUAUCCAAUGGGAUUCGGAUUCGGCCCGAAAUUGGACUUGAAUUUUGGAGUGAGAAAAAAUGUAAGGGCAUUGAAACAAGUUGAUGAGAGAGAUUGUUGGGGGUUUCCAAGUGUGAAUGUUUUUGACAUUACACCAAAAUUCAAUAAAGUUUCGGGGGAGAAAAAGAAAAAGAAGGUAGAAAAAGGAGUGGAAUCAGCAAAAGGGAAUUCAAUUCCCCGGGGGGGAUCUUCCAAAGUGAAUUCAAUUCCAAAACCACCUAAAGAAGAAGAUUCAAUCCCAAAACCCAAUUCCGGGUUGCUCCUAAAAUUGAACUACGACGACGUUUUGACCGCCUGGUCGGAUAGUAAGCUUCCAUUUUCCGAUGAAGUUCCGUUCCGGGAAAUGAUCUCCAUGUACGUUUCUCAGCUCCCGCCAGGAACUCUAAAUCCAAGAGAAAUUGAACUUGGUUUCUGUUAUUACAGUUAAAAGGGGUAGUUAAGUUUAGGCCUGGUGAGAAAGUGUGUGUUUGUGUGUGCGUCACUCAGCCACAUUUUAGGGAAAGUUGCAUUUUAAAAAGUUGGUUUGCUUUUAUUUUAACUUUCUUUUUUCUCUGUGAAUUUUUAUACCCAUGCAAUCUUUUUAUUUCUUGUAUAAUAAUUUAGUUUUUGGGUGAC